AUGCGUCUCCCGUCCCGCUUAGAGCCCACUAGCUGCCAUUCUAGAAGCUUUGUGGAAAGUGAAGCCCCGCAGAAAAAAGAAGAGGGCCUCUCCUCACCCUCGGCGCCGCCAGUGACCUUCCAUAGUUGCUCUUUGACCAGCCAACUCGUUCCCACCGGCAUCCCAGCCAACCAGGACAGGGAAAAGGAGGAAGGAGGGGGAGCAGGCACAUCGCCUGCGCUAGGCCCGCUUAUGGUCUAG